AUGGCUCCCAGUGAUGGCAGACUUCAAUAUCGCGCCUGGUGUCCGGACAACGUCCAGCCUCAUGAGGAGAAGGAGUUCCUUGAGGUAGACUUAGGGCAGCAGUCCUUUGUGAAGUUGAUAAUCACCAAGGGUCUCUCUACAGCAGACAAGCGAAUUAAAGGGAAUUUGGACGCUCAAACGGAACGCUACGUUUCUAUGAAUCCGCCAUUUGUUGCACGGUGGGUCCGGAUUUAUCCUUUCACUCAAGAACGGCAACCGGUCUGUUUGAAACUGGAAAUUGUCGGCUGCAGUGCCAACGGGGUUGUUGAAUAUCAGGCUCCACGAGGAAAUUUUGUAACCAAAGCGCCGAAGGAUCGCUUGGUGGAUUUCACUUAUGAUAACCCAGAAAAUCGGCAUUCUCAAAUCAGGGACUCCCAUCAUGAGGUUUUCAAUGCUGGAGGAUUGGGUAAACUUGCAGAUGGAAAACCGGACCAUGAAACAGACACCGAACCCCUAGAAUCAAACGAUUUUGUGGGAUGGAAGCGCUCUGACGAUGCCUUAGACGCCAGCAGCUACGAACGAAUUGUCUUUCGCUUUGAUGGUAUUUACAAUUUCACCAGCGUCAGCAUGCUAUUCGCCAACCAAGUUGGCAAUGAAGUUUCCCGACCUCGACUAGUUGAGGUGCGUCUGAGUCGAAAGUUUCCACGCGCCAGUCCCACUGAUCCAGCCACCACUUUUACAGCUAGCCACCUGUUUCCUGUACUUAAAAAUACCCUACCAAAAACGGAAUGGGUUCAUGUGGGUCUCUUGGACACUCUCACAGAAUCUCCAAAUACCAACAUAUCAAGUAAAUACUACAAUGUGGCAAAUUUUGUGGAACUACGUGUCUACUAUGCUGGGCGUUGGAUUGCCCUAGGCGAAGUUACUUUUCAUAACGAACCCAACGAGGCAUCGACGACACCAGUCCCUUCUCAAAGUCUGAAUUCCAGUCUUGGAAUAACUGGUUCUCAAUACAGCUUAGCGACACUGCAACCACACACCUAUGCGCUAGUUGUUGGACUGGGUUGUCUGGCGACUGUUUUGAUAAUUCUCGUGCUCGCACUCUUUGUGCAUUGGCGCCGACGAGCUUUCUUGUCGAAGCACAAGAUAGACGAACUCAAUCACUCCUUCCAGCAUCCUUUCACAAUGCCUCUGAUUAAGACAGCGGCUCAACCAACGAACUCUGUGAACACAGAAGCAGAUCAGAAAUGGGAAUUCUACAACAACUCAAAUGCUGUUCAAGUUCCAAUGUACCUGAAUGGUGAAAAUGCUGCCUACGCUCCUUCCAGUACCACAGUCAUACCCCAGUUCCUGCUCCAACAACCUCAUAUUGGUGUACCCGGCUCUCUUAUGCUUCCCAACUAUAUGAGAGCACAAAUCCAGUCAAAUCCGGCUAACGAACUAGCACCACAGGAGCAGCCAGCAAAUAGCGGAGGUGAUAACGAGACUCGAGCACCUCUAUUCCCUUUUUUCCAGUCUGCCAGUAGUGGUUUGACACCAGAAUCUAGCGCCGUGUACACCACCGUGUCUGAAAACGACCCCUAUGUAAAUGGAACGCCUCGUCCAAACCAGAUGUUACGCAUUCCACCUCCGCCAUCACUUCCGCUUCCACCAACCCCUACGCAACCACAUUCAGUGGCAGAACGGACACCCCCGUGGACGGGUGCAGGAUUCAGUAGGGAAAAGGACUACAUACAGCGUCGAGAGCUAAAUAGCAACGGUAGUAGUGAUUUGAACACCUUCUAUCGGUACUCCAUUCCAUUAAAUGCAGCCUUUCCUGCAACACCAGUGUACUCGGCUCCUGUAUGGGUUGCUGGAACCAUGGAUUCGGUUACAAUUGGUCAUUUCUAUGGUCAGCAUCAGACAACUUCGCAGGAUCAUCCACCAUUGCCACAAGAAACACCUGAACUAAAUGGCAAGUUGUAUUUGAUCCAAAUUUGA